UAUUUAGAGAGACGAAAGUUACAAUUUGGAAGACGAAGUUGGUGAGUUUCUGGAAGAUGUGGGGCUCAUCCUUCUCUAUCCUUUCUUAUCCCUCCCCUAAUUUCACAGCUUCCCUUCUUGUUCCCGCAGCAACCCUUCGCUCCGGCACUUCUUUACCCGUCAACCUCCAUCCUAAACCUUACACUUCCGACACACCAUUUGCUCCAGAGGUUGUUAAGGCGGUAGACUCCUUGCAGUAUGAAUUCAGGGCAGUGGAUGAUUUGGUGGCACGUAAUUCUGCUAAAGUUCUCAAAGCCUUUCAGAAUGUUCGAUUAGGAUCUCAUCAUUUUGGAGGAUCCACUGGUUAUGGUCAUGACGAAGCUGGAGGACGUGAGGCACUUGACAAUGCUUUUGCUGAGAUAGUUGGAGCAGAAUCUGCAAUAGUCCGAUCACAGUUUUUCUCAGGUACUCAUGCUAUUACAUGUGCUUUAUUUGCGCUUUUGAGGCCAGGGGAUGAGCUUUUGGCAGUAGCUGGUGCUCCAUAUGACACACUAGAGGAGGUCAUUGGGAAAAGAGACUCCCAGGGGCUGGGUUCCUUGAAAGAUUUUGGAGUGGAGUAUCGAGAAGUUCCACUUGCCGAGGAUGGUGGACUCGACUGGGAAAAACUUGCAAGUGCUUUGAAACCUCAAACAAAAUGUGCGCUCAUACAAAGGUCAUGUGGUUAUUCUUGGCGACAAAGUUUAAGUGUUGACGAAAUAGGAAAAGCAAUAAGGCUGAUCAAGAUGCAAAACCCUGAUUGCUUGGUGAUGGUGGAUAACUGUUAUGGAGAAUUUGUGGAAACCACUGAACCUCCUUCUGUGGGCGCGGAUUUAAUUGCAGGAAGUUUGAUAAAAAAUCCUGGUGGAACGCUUGCACCUUGUGGUGGAUACGUUGCAGGUCGAGCCAAAUGGGUGAAAGCGGCUGCAGCUCGUUUAUCUGCACCUGGCUUGGGGGUGGAUAUGGGCUCUACCCCUGGUGAUAUUAUGAGGACUUUUUUUCAAGGAUUAUUCCUUUCACCUCAAAUGGUUGGUGAGGCAGUUAAGGGAAUGAUCCUAAUAGCUGAAGUCAUGCAAUCAAAAGGCUACAAAGUGCAGCCACUUCCACGUGCCCCCCGCCAUGACACUGUACAGCAAUCUUCCAUUUGUCAUUUUGCGAAGCUUCUUCAAAAUUCAAAGGUUCACUGUCACCAAAUAAACAAAAAAAAAUGAUGAUGAUGUGCUUUGUUGUGGAGUGAUUGGCGAUGGUGGUGUUGAUAGAGAAGCAAUGUCACUAGGCUCAUCAUGAUCAUUGGGAAAAAGCAAAAAUUUGUAGUCUUCUGGUUCGUCAUUCCAAUUCCCCGAUGCUUCUUUACCAAACACGACAUCUCUGCUUACCAUCAUCUUCUUUGUAACAGGAUUGUAAAGCUUGUAGCCUUUUGAGCUUGCAUCAUAGCCAACGAAAACAUAUUUAUCACUUUUAUCAUCAAGCUUACAAUGCUUUUGAUCAUGUAUAUGCGCAUAAGUCAUACAUCCAAAUACUCUCAAAUGAACAAUGGAUGGUUUUCUUCCUGUCCAUUUUGUUGAGGAGUAAAUGGAAUUGUCAUAGGUCGACGGAUUACAUUUUCUGCACAAAAAGUUUUGAAUUCAUUUGAAGUGAAUUCACUUCCCUUGUCUGAUCUCAAAGCUUUUUAUGUAAUGACAUAUGGCAACCUUUUCACCA